AUGGCAGACUACAAGAACCUCCCUGACUUCGACAGCCUUCCCACGGUCGACGGCGUACCACAUCGCGCGUGGGGGCUGUUCGACAAGGACGGCAAAAAGGACCACCUGGGAUGCAUCAACCUCCUGACCCCCGACGUGGUCAAGGAGGCGUGCAAGGAAGCGCGCGACGGAGUCUCCGUCUCCCUGAACUGGCCCAUCGGAGCGAUCUCGACGCCCGGGUUCAACCGCAAAGGGCUCGUCCAUAAGCCCUUCGAGUUCGAGGAUCCCAACAUGACGAUCCACUGCUUCGACGACGAGGUCGAGUUCAACACGCAGUGCUCGUCGCAGUGGGAUAGUCUGGUGCACUACGCGCACCAGGGCUCGGGGACCAACUACAACGGCACCAAGCCCCAUAAGGACGACCUGGUGCAACCCUUUGGCACCUUCGACACGGAGCGAGCCCUGCCGACGCUGAACCACUGGCACGACCGGGGCGGCCUGGUCGGCCGCGGCGUGCUCCUCGACUACAAGGAGUACGCGCGGGCCAAGGGCAUCUCGUACUCGUGCUUCGACGCCCACGCCAUUACGGUCGAGGACCUCGAGGCCGUCGCCAAGCACCAGGGAACCACCUUCAAGCACGGCGACAUCCUGCUCGUCCGCUCCGGCUUCACCGACGACCUCUCGGGCAUCUCGGCCGACGAGCAGGCCAAGCGCCUCUCCAGCCACAAGUGCGUCGGCGUCCAGGGGAACAAGGCCAUGGCGAGGUGGACGUGGAACCACCACUUUUCCGGCGUCGCGGGCGACGCCAUUGCUUACGAGGUCAUUCCUCCCACCAUCGAAGAGGACAGCAAUCGCGUUGGAGGGCUCAAUGAGUUAGUCCUUCAUCAAUACUUCUUGUCCGGCUUCGGUCUCAACAUCGGCGAGCUAUGGGACCUGAAGGCCUUGGGCGAGCAUUGCAAAAAGGUCGGCCGCUACGAGUUCUUACUUACCAGUUGUCCGUUGAACGUCCCCGGAUCAGUCGGCAGCCCGCCGAAUGCUCUUGCAAUCUUCUAG